AGAGAGAGAGAGAGAGAGAGAGAAAUAUGAAAACCUCAAAUGCUCUCUCAUGAUUGCGAUGAUCUAGUUGGGUUUCUGGCAGUUCGAUUUUGCUCAAACCAAAGACGCAUAGGCGAACACUUUACAAACUCACCAAAAUUCGAAGUUUCCUCACUCGCCGCCAAUGGAGAGUUCACUGUUCGAAACCCAAAAGCCCUCUCAAACCCCUCUCCCUUUCCCUCCACAUCGCAGAAGACAUCUCAGGAGCGAGACCUACCGUACCAUUGUUCACAUUCUCUCCAAUUGCUGCGACGAGUCUCAGCGGUCUCAUGCACUCCCAACUGUUCCAGAGGAGCCAAAACAAGAUUGUGGUGGCAGUGCACUAGGGCAAUUGACGGAAAUCAAUAGAUUGGUUGGUCCUAAUCAUAUGGAAUCCGAGAGUUGGAUAGUUCUGAAAAAAUCAGAAGAGAAUGGAGAAGUUAUUGGUUCUGAGGACAGAGAUUGUAGACAUAAAGUAAUAAGAGUAGAUGGGUUAGACCAUGUUAAUGCAAUGGUUCAUGACAUUAAUGUUAACUCAGUGGGGGAAGGUAGCCAGACUACCAAUGGUGGAGUUGGGUUGAGGUUGAUCAAUAACCAAGAAGAUUAUUUAAAUGACCCGGAACCUCAUAUGGAAGAAUCUGGGCAUAAGGAGCAGCUACAAGUAGAUCAGGAACUCUCUAUUGGUGAGGCUUGUGAAACUAUUGACUCGUGUUUCGGUAUAGAUAUGAUCGCUGGAAUCGCUGGAACUACAAAACCUGGUGAGAUUAAUGAAGAAACAAGGUCUAAUGUGGAGAGAUAUUUUUCAGAAGAAGUUGAGCUGGAAUUGCAUCAGAAAGAGAUGGAAUUGGAGAAAUUGAUAACUUGUUCUAAAGGGCGGCCGAUGGAUUCUUCUUUAUGUGUAACUGCAGAUGAAGAGAUGGAAGAAGGGCAAAUUUCGGGUGAUGAUGGGGUUUAUGAUGAGUCAAUGGAUUUCUCACAUGAAGAUGUUGUAUCAUUAGAGAAGAAGAAGGUGGAACAGGUGAAAUUUCUUAAAGCCAUUGGUGAUGAAGUAGUGUCUACUCAUGAUGAACAAAAUGCAGGACUUGAGAGAGAUUCCGAGUCCAGUUCCUUAUUUGUCAAAGCAGUUGAUAAUGCUGGUAAUAGUAUGGAUGUGGAACUCAGAGAAAGGAUCAGAAAGGAGGUGGGGAAUGAAUCUCUAGUGGUUGUUUGUGGCAAGAUUAUAGAAGCUCAAAAGGCACACAAGUAUGAGAGUAUGCUAGAGACUGGAGAAAUUAGGAAGCAAUGUGGUGGAGUUGAGUCUGGCAGUCCAGCUGCUUGUGUUACAAAUCUGGCAUUGCAUGGCAAAAUCUCAGGGGAAAAUGACACUGAAAUUGAAGGCCCUGGAUCUACUGAAAAGGAUGAAGGUGUCAACAACAAGAAGAAAAAGCGGAUUCUGACCAAGGAAAGAAAAACAAAGAAAAAGAAAAAAGAAAGAAUUAAACGAGCAGAAAAGAACAGAAAGCUUGGUGUUAAGAGGUUGAAACUGCAGCCAAUUCUGAAACCGAAAACAGUGGCAUAUUGUCGUCACUUUCUCAAGGGAAGAUGCCACGAGGAUGAGAAGUGCAAAUUUUCACACGAUACAAUACCCCUGACAAAAUCAAAGCCAUGCUGUCAUUUUGCACGUCACUCUUGCAUGAAAGGAGAUAAGUGUCCAUUUGAUCAUCAACUCUCCAAGUAUCCCUGCAACAAUUUUGUGUCCAAUGGUUCUUGCAGCAGAGGUUCUGACUGUAUGUUUUCACAUAAGAUGCCAGUCGAGGAGGGUUCCGUGAUUGCUUCAAAUGUUUCCAAUCCUGAAUCAAGUUCUUCUUCCCUGCUGAGCAAUAUAGGUCCUAAAAAGCCCUUGUCCAUACAUGGUGCACCUCAUCGCAGUGUCAAUGCCAAACCAUACUGCACUGGGAUCCCUCCUGGAAAGAGUACAGAACCAAAGGUGACACAGCCCACACUGAAAUCUACUGCUGAGGCACCCAAAGGAAUAAGCUUUUUUUCACAAGGGAAACUGUCAGUAGGCAAUACCAGUAAUAAGCAAAAACAAGCUGCCUCAUCUCUGAGGGUAGAUGAUGGUGUAAAAGUUGGUGAUCAAAUUAUCCAUAGUGUUGCAGGUGUGGCUCAGAAGUUGAAUGAAAUUACAAAGAAAACACCUGCAAUGUCGCCGAAGGGAAUUAAUUUCCUGUCAUUUGGCAAAGCUCCUUCAGAUUAUUCUUUUAGUAUAAAACCAUCCAGUUUACCUGUUAGUGGGGAUUAUGGUACAGGAAAAUCACUGCUGGGCAAUGCCAGUGAGGGUAAACAAGCUAGCUCAUCUCCAAUGAGUGAUGAUGGUGCUAACGUCGAUCAUCGGGCUGGUCAAAGUAUAUCAAACAUUGUGAAUUCGAAUCAGAUGACAAACCAAACUCCAUCUGCAGUUGUGCCCCGGGGCAUAAACUUUCUCUCAUAUGGCAAAGCUCCACAAGAUGUUUCUAGUAAUAAGAAACAACAAAGCUUACUAUCUACUCAAGGGAGUAAUAGUGUUCCAUCAUCUGUUCAAGGGAAAGAAAGAAGGGUUGAUAAACCUCAAAUCUCUAAUGCAAUGUCAUGGACACUGCCAUCUUCUUCUUUUUCUUGUGGACAAUCUUUGCAGCAGUUGGCAAAUGGAGAUAGUAAAAGCACACCAAGCUCUUCUCAGAAGUCACUCCUAUCAAAUUCACCAAUCUCAGUGCAGAAGUCACUCCAAUCAAUGUUGGCAUUUGCAGCUAAGUUUGAGUCCGGAAUCAAGAUUGAUCCAUCCACAGGUGACCCUGCUGUCCGUGCUGAGUGUGACAACGGAGCCGAAAGUUCACAAAAUUAGUCAUGUCUUGCCAGUUUUGAUUUUGUUAUACGGUGACAGUUGUAAGACCUAGCAAUAGAGGACAACAAGGUGGUCUAUUGUCCACAAUAGAAAGGCAUUUCUUUCCAGGCGCAAUAAGCAGCUAAGUUGCUCCUGGAACAAGAUAUUGGGGAUGUGAGUGGAUUUUGAGGCUGCUGUUUUUAAGCAAAUAGAGGUGAUCACGCAAGCGAAAACUGUCAAUAAGCUGAAGAAUUUAGAAGAGCUGUAAGUAUACAACAUUCCUUCCGACAUGUUCACAUAUAAGAACGGGAAAUAUUUAUCCCCAUUGCAACCAGGAAUUUAGUGAGUUGUUGAUUUUUGGUUCAGCAUUUGCUAAAUCACGAUUGAC